AUGGCGACUGAGCUGAGGCUGGGAGCGGUGCAGGAGUCGAUGUUGGGGGUGAGAGAGUACCUGGGCCUUAGCCAGUCGCAGUACGGCGGCAACUUUGUUGAGGGAGUUCAAGCAAUCGUGAGGGAGCUGGAGACGUACGGGGAGAGGAGCGACGUGGUCAAUCUGCGGUACAUCCUCUCGGGGAUAGCUCGAGAUCCUCAGUGGAUCCCCCAGCACGCAGUACCAUGGCGGGCACAUCGACCCCGAGGACUUCGACUACGAGCGCUCGUCGACUUCGUUAACCAUCCUCACAGCGUCCGAGCGAAGCUGACAGCUGAGAACGUGCUGGCCCUUCGGCUCUACACCUCCGACACCUUCCGGCUCAUCAACCGCUUCCUCCGAUCCCCCGCCCGUCGCCACCCGCUCGCCAUGACCGUCAUGCACCUCACGGAAGGAAUCUGCAAACUGCGCAUAGUCAACUUGGACAGCCUGGAACCUGGCAAGCUCCACACGCUAUGGCGCGGCGUGAAGGACAAAGUCGUUCCGAAGGGGUUCGGCAGGCGAGGGGGAACGGAGUUGGCGUGCAUGUCGACGACAGCGUCGAAGGCGGUGGCGGUCAAGUACGCGGCAAGUGAGACUCCGCUGCUGUUCGAGAUGCACGUGAAGCCGAUACAGAUGGGAAGCUCGUUGCAGUAUCUGUCCGUAUUCCCCAAGGAGGAGGAGUACCUCUACCCAGCCCUCACCUACCUCGACCCUGGUCAAGGACGAGCCCUCUAG